AUGCGAAAUAUAUAUCGUUCGGAAAGGAGAAGAAAACCGAUGACUGAUACAGUUUCACUUGAACAAUUGGUUUACCUGUCCUUGGGAGAUCCUGAGGCAGGAGCUGUGAACUUCAAUGUGUUAAAAACUCUUCUUUUACAAAUGCUCAAAGCAAUGAAUUUAUUCAAUUAUAAACCGACAAUGACCGAUCAUGAUCAACGCGCAAUCAAAGAAGCGCUAUCGACUUCGACAACACCGCGACAACACGUGAAAUUUGACCAAGAUGGAUCGACGAGUCAAGUCGACGAAAGUGACGAUAUGAACAAUGAAAAUAAGCAAAAAAUUCAACGAAGAAAACGUGAUCGAAGUCAAGAUCGUUUGACAUCAUUAGAAGAGAAAGUUUCCCGUUUUGAAUCCCAAUUAAAUGCUCUAAACGAAAUACCAUCAAACUCAGAAAUUAUCGAUCGUGCUAAACAAAUACCUAAACAUACAUCUGAUGACAAAAGUUCUUCCAAAGCAGCAACUCGUCAAGGGCCUAUACUUGAAGUUUGGCAAUAUACUCAAAUGGAGAAACGUCUAGAAUCGGCGGAAAACGGAAUAACACGACUCGCUUCAUUACUUCAAGAUCUUAUUUCCGAUAUGAAUGAUUUGAAAGAAUCGCAUGAAAACGUCAAACAAACAACUGAUGAAUUGAAACGGCUUGUCGAUGCGUUGAACAAAGAAAAACACGAUUGGGCCAAGAAAUCAGAUGUGGAGAAUUUAGAUGACAAAAUUCGCAAUCUAGAAAAUUUAUUAGCAUCACUACGUGAUCGUUUUGAUGAACUAGCGAAGAAAAGCCACGAACCACAAAUCGAUCCGGCUAAUAUCGUCACGUGGGAUCGAUUAGAAGAUGCAUUUAAUAGUGGUCGAGAAUCCGUAGAAAAAUCUCCUCAUCAACCAUCAACCGGUAUGGCUUCAACGCGAGACACACGAUUCACUGAAAACCAAACAUCCGACAAACGAAAGGACCUAUCUGCUGGAGGACACGGAGCACCAUCGGAUAAACUUCUCAAACUUUUAGCGCUCUUAGGAACAUUGAAUGAUCGUCAUGAACAAUUACGAGCAUUAGUAGAAGAAUUACAAAAUAAAAAACUUGAUCGUGAUGAAUUCGAAGCAUUUAAAAAUCAACAUAAAGAUUUAUUGGAUCGUCUUGCUGCACUCGAACGUGAUUUGCAAGAUAUUCUCUCGAAAGAACCAUCGGCACCAGCGGUACCUGUAGCACCAGUGAUCAUCCGAGAAGAACAACCACAGGCUGGACAACGAUCGGAUCAUUCAGAAGACAUUGCCGAUUUUCGAACGGCUCUACAACGUCUGCGUGAAGAUCUCGAUCGAUUGAAAAAACUUGUUCAAGACUUGGUUAAUAAAGGAAAUCUAUCUUCACAAGAUAUUGAGAAAUUGAAGAAGCUAAUUGAACAAUUAGAACAAAAUAAAGCGGAUAAAACUUAUGUUAACAAUGAACUUGAUAAAAAAGCUGAUAAACGCGACUUGGAUAAUCGUGUUCUGAAGAAAGAUUUCAACUCUGCUUGCAAUGAACUAUCGCAAAAUAUCAAUGAUUGCAUGCAGAAAUUCAACGUUCACGAAGAUAUUCAAAAACAAGAUUUAAACAAAAUGAAUACUGAUAUUGAUGGUAAAAUCAAUCGUUCUGAACUCGAUGCUUUACGUGAAUAUCUGGAGAAACAAUUGAAGAAAUUAAAGAGAUUAGCGAAAGAUCCACAACCCGCUCAACAACAACAUCAACACGUACCUAUUAUGUCUGAAGAUGAAGCAGCUGGUUUACGAAAGCCGCUUAUUCGUUUUCAUUGCAUCAGUUGUGAUCGUCCCAUUGAUGUUCAACCACACCCACAACAGCCGAGUCUUCCAGCAAAUCUGGGUAUGCGUCCCAUCCAGUCACCCCGACCAUACACCACCUACGAACUGGACCAAAUUCGCCAAUUUCAAAAGAGUCAGCAGUUUAGCAAUGACCUCGGCGGCGGUGUGGCAGACGUAUACGCAACUGUUCGACAAUGUGGUGGUUCACAUACAACAACAUUACCAUUUAAGCGUCAAAUCAAAACACAACCAACGGUAUCAGAAGAAGGACUUGUCGCUAAAAAUGAAGUUGAUAUAAAAGGUCAUGAUGGUGUUAUUUACAAGGGCAGAAUCGAUGUGAAUAAAUUACCUGCUGUCGAUAUGCAAAAGAAGACCUCAGUUGCUCUACUUACUCCUGCGCCGCCGCAACGACUUCGAUCGGAUUCUCAUCCGAGUCCAUAUCAUCAUACAAUGAAUCAUGGAUCUUUUGCUAAUAACGAUCAAGAGCUAAAUGGCGUGUCUCCGGUUAUUCCAAAUCUUGAACCAGCUUUACCACGCGAAGAAACGUUUACUUAA